CCUCCGGCGGAUGAAAUGUUCUUCAGAGGUGGAAAGAUUCAUAAGUGACGAUCAUCUGCUGCCGAGUUUCCACCACAUCUUCCUCUGCUGUGAAGGAGAGACGGAAGGAAGAGGAUCCUGCUGCAGAUGGAGACCCGGAGAGCAGGUGUCCAGCAGCUGCUGGUGAUGAAAGAAGAAGAAGAUGCUACUGAGCAGCAGGAGUGCAGCUCCAGUCUGGAUCAGGAGGGACAAGAACCUCCUCUCAUUAAAGAAGAACCAGAAGAAGAAGAUCUAGACCAAAUCAAAGAAGAGGCCACCCAGUUCUCCCUCACUCCUGUCCAGGUGAAGAGUGAAGUUGAUGGAGCAACCAGCAGCUGGACUCAACACAUGAAGACAGAAGCUGAUGGAGACACCUGUGGAGGAGCAGAAGCAGCCAGUGACUUGGAUACACCUCUCCUCCCUGACCACCAGAGGUCGCCUUGUUCUGACUCUGUUGACAGUGAGGAUCGGAGAGAGACCAUUGACCCUGAAUCUGCUUCAAAUUCAAUGGAGGAUCAGAAUGUUCACUUGAAGAUGCCACACGGAUCCACUAAUAAGCACUGCAAUAACUGCAAUGCAGUUAUUGCAGUGGCUUGCAAGACCUGCAAAAUUUGUCAAGCAGAGCAGCCCAGGCGACAGAGGCUGGCAAAACGACUGAAAACUUUUGAGAAAAAGAAAGAGGAAUGGUUGAAAAACCAAAAAAAAAACAACACCGCCUCUCGUGUGAUGGACGAGGCACAAAUGCUGCUGGAAAAACUGCACGCUUUGGGCCACAGAGCUGUGGUGUUUCUAGCUCGGCCAGGCAAGAAAGCUGGCACUUGGUCCAGUCAGGUGGUCCACUCCAAGUGGCAUCUGACUGGCCAAGCCAGUAAGUGCCUGGACCGGAUGAAGGACCUGUACGAGGUGGUUGUUACAGGUUGGACAGAUAUGCAGCCGCCAACCUCCUCCACCAUCCAUCCGUCCACAACCUCUGUCAGCCAGCCAUCAACCUCCUCCACCAUCCAUCCAUCCACAACCUCUGCCAGCCAGCCGUCAACCUCCUCCACCAUCCAUCCAUCCACAACCUCUGCCAGCCAGCCAUCAACCUCCUCCACCAUCCAUCCGUCCACAACCUCUGCCAGCCAGCCAUCAACCUCCUCCACCAUCCAUCCGUCCACAACCUCUGUCAGCCAGCCAUCAACCUCCUCCACCAUCCAUCCGUCCACAACCUCUGCCAGCCAGCCAUCAACCUCCUCCACCAUCCAUCCGUCCACAACCUCUGCCAGCCAGCCAUCAACCUCCUCCACCAUCCAUCCGUCCACAACCUCCGUCAGCCAGCCAUCAACCUCCUCCAAAAGAGCCUCCACAGGCCCUCUGAGAUUACCUCCAAGAAAAAGCAGGAAGACAGAAGAUGGAUCGAAAGAAUGCAGCCAUAUGGUUGGAGAUGACGGCUAUUACCCAGUGAAACGGGUAGUAAAAACAAAGCAUCAAAAGGGGAAAGUAAUGAAACUAAUAGAGUGGGAGCCCUGCUCCAUGUGUGGAAAGAGUUUCCCACUUCAGUGGGUCCCAAAGGCAGCAACAAAAAGAUAAAACCAUCCAUUGUCUCAUUUGUUGUUGUGUUGUUUUUGUUUAUGGAUAGUAAUAAUAAAGAAAUGUGUGACAG